UUUUUGUGUUUUCACUGUUCCCAAUCGCUUGUGACAGACCUAAUGGCGGAUCCAAGGGGAAUGAAGGCGGAUCCAAGGGAAACUCCUGAAAAUAGGAUCCAUAAUGCGAAUGGCGAAUCCAAGGGAAAUAAAGCCGGGACAAUACCGUGCUAUGCUAUAAAGGGUUGAAAGAGCCUGGAAUGAAAGUGGAAGAGGAAGCCUGAAAAGGCAGCGUUUCUUUCCUGCAGAGACAGGCAAAUCGAUCGCCACCAGAAUAUGGCGUCCAACGACUUGAACGAAGCGAGGAAAAGAGUUAGUGAAGGAACUAGCCCGAGCGAAGGACAUGCCGAAUGUUUCCUUCUUCAUGGGACCAUACUUCCAUUGUAUACUUUCUGCAAGGGUCAGAAUUGUCCUAAUUUUCUAUCAAAAGAGCCUCCGGAAUUCUUCCUCAACAAACUUCUUCAACGGUGGGAAGAGAAAAACAAUAGAGGAUUAUUCCAUCAUGACAUUGCUACAUGUGAAACCAAGACUCUACAAGGGGAGUAUGGAUUUAUAGUGCGGCUAAUCGAGGGCCGUGACAUAAAGAAAAGACCACCAGAGCAUGGAAUGGGCAAGGUUCUCCAACCCUUUGAUGCGAAAAUGUUCAACUUCACCAAAAUUCCAAGUAGUGAAGUUAUCUGUAGGUUUGAAGAGAGCGAACAGAACAUUACAAAUUUUGUUGAUACUGCUCCUAUACUAACUCCCGACUCUGUAAAUAUUAUUGCAAUCAAUGUGAGUCCCAUUGGAUUUGGCCAUAUUCUUUUGAUCCCUCGUAUCUUUGAACGUUUUCCGCAGAGAAUGGACAUAGAAAGCUUGCUGCUUUCUCUUUACAUGGCAAGGGAGGCUGCAAGUCUUCACUUCAAAAUAGGCUAUAAUAGUCUUGGCGCUUUUGCCACCAUUAACCACCUUCAUUUUCAGGCUUUUUAUUUGCCAAUGCUGUUGCCAGCUGAGAAGGCUUCCACCGAGUGCAUUGCAACUUUAAGGCUAGGUGUGAAGAUUCUUCGGCUCUUGCGUUAUCCGGUAAGAGGGUUUGUUUUUGAAGGAGGAAGCAACCUCAAGGAUUUAGCAUAUGUUGUUUCCAGUACUUGCACUUUCUUAGAAGUGAACAAUCAGCCUUUCAAUAUGCUCAUAUCGGAUUCAGGAAAGCGCAUAUUCGUCUUUCUGCAGCGUUAUGCCGAGAGACGAGCUCUUGGAAAAGUAAGUCAAGAGAUGCUUGAUACCCAAGUGAACCCAGCUGCAUGGGAGAUCAGUGGCUAUUUAGUGUUGAAGAGGAGAAGAGACUAUGAGGAAGCUUCUGAGCAGAAUAUAUGUGGGUUCUUUGCAGAGGUUUCUAUUUCUGAGAAGUUUCAGGAGCUGCAAGAAUCAAUUUUGCAGGUCUCAAAGAUGAAUGGAAAAGUGACUGAAAAGAAUUUGCUUGAUUUUUAACAUUCAAAACUCUUUGCUUUUUGCGUUAGCAAUUAUGUUUACUAAUCUCGAAAAUUAUUGGGCGUUUCAUUCAUCAUACGUAAUUAGAGUGGUAGAACAUCAUUUUCUAGCACAAAUUGAUGUUGGCUCUGUCUGAUGAUUACUACAACAUCAAAGUUAAACUCUUGUGAAUGAUGUGGGACUUUUGGCCUGGUUGCUGUUAUGUGCAGAGGCUUUGAUGAUGGAAUUUAUUGAUUUAUGAUUUGUAUUUAUGGGUAUAUAUGAAGAAAUAUGACAGUAGAAAAUUAAGAGAAUAAAUGUAAAGGUUUGUUUGG